UACCAAUGCCAUUUGCUCCUAAGUGAUCAUGGGAAUUGUUUAAAAAACACUCAGUUAAAUCUCUUAGGCUAUAAGCAUUUUGUCUGGUUACUCUUUUGAUUUCUUGUUUGAUAUGGGACUGCUGGUUUUGGUGGUGCUUUGGCUGCUCGGAUAUACAUUAGGAGGGGCGUCCAUGUCAUGGGCUGCAACUCACAGAUUCCAAAUGCAAGUCCAAACACAGUGCAGCUACACUAGGUAUCCAGGCCUCUGUCUCCAGUCCUUGAAGGAGUUCCAAGAUCAUCCUCUUGACGUCAUGACUGCUCUUGUUAACAAAACUAUAUCUGAGACCAGGCUGCCCAAUUCAUACUUCGAAACACUGAGCUCCCAUUUGGAAGCUCAAGAAGCUGAAAGUGUCCUAUCCGUCACAGACUACUGCAAAAACCUGAUGAGUAUGUCUCUGAAACGGUUAGACCAGUCGUUAUUGGCACUCAAAUAUUCUCCAAGGAAAAGCAAGCAUGACAUACAGACGUGGCUAAGUGCUGCUUUAACCUUUCAACAAGCUUGUAAAGAUUCUACCGACAGCCUUGGGCUCUCCGGUGACUUCAUGCCACGUAUUUCUGAAAAAAUGGAUUAUCUCUCACAAUUGGCCAGUAACUCUUUAGCCCUAGUCAACAGGAUUACUCAUGAUUACGGGACUAAGCUUAAAAACAGCACUAAAAGACGACGUGCAGAGGAGAAAUCACAAGGUUUUCCCAAAUGGGUAUCGGCGAAAGAUCGAAAACUACUUCAAACUAGCACCAUCAAGGCCAAUGCUGUGGUUGCAAAAGAUGGAACAGGUAAUUAUAACACAAUAUCGGAAGCUAUAAACGCUGCUCCUGGGAAACGGUUUGUGAUUUACGUGAAGGCAGGAGUCUACAAGGAGAAGAUUCGUAGCAACAAGGAUGGUAUCACCUUGAUAGGAGAUGGUAAAUACUCUACUGUUAUUGUUGGUGAUGACAGUGUUGCCGGCGGCUCUUCCAUGCCUGGUUCUGCUACAUUUACAAUCACAGGUGAUGGUUUCAUUGCUCGGGAUAUUGGAUUUCAAAACACGGCAGGCCCCGGAGGAGAACAGGCCUUGGCUCUACAUGUAGCUUCUGACCACUCAGUUUUCUACCGAUGCAGCAUAGCUGGCUACCAAGACACUCUAUAUGCAGUUGCUCUCCGUCAAUUCUAUAGAGAAUGCGACAUUUUUGGCACUAUCGACUUCAUUUUCGGCAACGCUGCUGCUGUCUUCCAGAGUUGCAACUUGGUCCUUCGGAAGCCGCUCGGUGAUAGCUACAAUGUGAUUCUAGCAAAUGGAAGGGAUGACCCUGGACAAAACACUGGUUUCUCAGUACAAAGUUGUAGGAUUACUGCGAGCUCCGAUUUUUCUCCGGUUAUGCACAACCAUAACUCAUAUCUUGGCAGGCCCUGGAAACGAUAUUCAAGAACAGUGGUGAUGGAAUCAAGCAUUGGUGAUGCUAUUUCAUCAAGAGGUUGGAUUGAGUGGCCUGGUGAAGGUUCCUAUGCUAAGUCACUCUACUUUGCUGAGUAUUCGAACACCGGACCUCGCGCUGGAACUUCUAAUAGGGUAAAAUGGCCAGGGUUCCACGUCAUUGGACCUUCUGAAGCUGCCAAAUUUACAGUCGGUAAUUUUAUUGCUGGAACCUCAUGGCUACCUUCUACUGGAGUAACCUUCAUUUCUGGCCUCCAGUGAUAAUAAAGCUAUCUCGAGGGCUACUAAAGUUGUGUGAACACUACUUAUCAUCCACAGAAACUGUUUUCCAUGGACAUGGAACACAAGGGGUCAUUUUAUGUAAUUGGUCUCCCAUCCUACUAGGGGUGACGUCCACCUUUUAUUUUAA